AUGUCUGCCGAGAGCAGCGCGCGCGUUUGCGCGGUAAUCUUUUUCUUCAUACAAAUAACUUACGGACAAUACCAAGUGCCUCAAGUAACUGUACAAGCAUUGAAGCCUAAAGGAUUUAGAGCCUCAAUACCAGAUUCUCCGAAUGUAAGCCUGUUCGUAUUCCAAGGCAACAUUAACAGAGCGAUAAGUAAAUCGGACAUAGGGACCAUUACAGGAGAAAUUGUCCAAGCGAAGGAUGGCAGAUGGACCUUCGAAGACCCCAACGUCGAACUUAAAGUUGGCGAUGUCAUCAAUUAUUACGUUGUAGUGGUCUCUAACCGAGGCGGAUAUGUUAAGGACAACUUAAGUUUCACCGUUACAGCUUUAGAAGAUCCUUCCGGCACAGGAACGAAAUCUGUGACUACGCCUGCAAGUUGCAGACCAACCGCUACGAAACUCCGCAGUGGCGUCGCAUGCGCAGGACAGACGAUCUUCGAGGAGAAUUUCAACACAUUCCGAGAAGACGUCUGGCAGAUCGAACAGUACAUCCCGGUUUAUUCAACGGAGUUCCCGUUUGUGUCGUAUCAACGUUUGUCCCAAGACCCAACGGUAGCAGUAACUGGAGGUAAUCUUCGGAUCGCACCCAAACUUCAGCAGAGGCUACCAGGGUUUACUGAUUCUUCCAUCUACAGUGGGUCCCUUAACCUCUUUAGUGGAUGUACAGCUCCAGCGGAAGCCUGCAUGAAGGAUGCGUGGGGUGCGAGCAUACUUCCUCCUAUCGUCAGCGGCAGAAUCACCUCCAAAGCCUUCGCAUUCACAUAUGGAACUGUGUACGUGAGAGCUAAACUGCCGCAAGGAGACUGGAUUUAUCCAGAAAUCCUGCUCGAGCCGUUUUUAAAGAAAUAUGGAAGCACCCACUACAGUUCGGGAGUGAUAAAGAUAGCAUCAGCUCGAGGUAACAGAGAACUAACCAGUGGCUAUACAGACUAUUCAAAUAAGGUGCUUUUUGGAGGACCGGUCAUGGAUGUCCAGUGUCACGACACUCUCUUAGGAAACAAGGCAUCAAGCAGCGGACGGCAGUGGGGUGAUGACUUCCAUGAGUAUGUUUUGCGAUGGGCACCAGAACGUAUAACUCUGUCAGUGGAUGGUGUGGAGUGGGCGCGAGUGGAACCCACAGCCAGUGGACUGUCCGGGCGCUUCCCGCAAACUUGUUCACAACUGCCACGAACUCUCCUUGCUGCUGGCUCUAAAAUGGCACCAUUUGACGAUCAUUUCUAUUUAACCCUUGGGGUAGCUGCAGGCAGUAUCACAGAAUUCCCAGAUGGCGUACAAACAUCAGGCAGCCGGCCAAAGCCUUGGACUAACACUGGCAGCAAAGCAAUGUUACAUUUCUGGGAAGACAUGGACUCCUGGCUCUCCACAUGGAACCAACCGCAGCUGCUCGUCGAUUACGUUAAAGUAGUUGCCUUAUAA